GGAUUUAUCCGAGUUGCCGUGAUGUCUGCUCGUAAAAAAGACAAUGAUGGUGGGACGCUAUGAUCAAAGUUAAUCUUUGAGUUACUGAGUUGGAACGAUGUCCCUUGGACCUUUAAAAUUGCUUCGUUGGAGAGCGCAGUCUCCGCCCGUAUUGCCGUAGCAACAAUGAUUUUGGCUGCAGACAGUCUCCAAAGCUGUUUGGAGAAGCUCCCUCUGUCCAUUUUAUACACCGCCGGGCUGUUCAAUCUGUCGUUACAACUUUCUGAAAGAUCACUGGAACAAAGAGACGUUGAUUCUUUGUCCUCUGUCUGAGAAAGGAGUGUCUGCAGAAUGUUGUGCAGGCUGCUGGGGGAGUAGUUUGUUCUCCUUUGGACUUCCCUCGCCUUGCGAUAGGCUUCUCACUGAAUGAGUGGGUGAUUCGAGAGACUUCCAGGCUUGUGCACAAUAGAGUGAGUGUGUGCCGGAGAGCUGCGUCCGUCAGCGAGUGCCUGGGUGCUCCGGGGAUGCUUCGCUCUGGGGCCGGUGCGCUUCUUUUCGUAGCUCCGGCGCUCGUCUCGCACACUUUGUCCUAGCACUUACCCACGCUAUGGAGCUGCGCAUAUUUGUCAUCGCAGCCGGUUCCUUGCCAAAAGCCAGGAACUUUCCAGCGAAGGCAAUCUUAAGCGUCGUUCACAUUUUGGCCAUCGCAGUUACAGCAAGCAGGACAGGUGUUAAGAACAAAUGCACUGCCGAAAAAGCGAACCGUUGCUCCGAAUGCCUCCUCCUUGGUCCUGAAUGUGGAUGGUGUUUUCAAAAGGAAUUUUCAGAUGAAUCACUGCAUAAGAGGUGUGACUUGAUCACCAACCUAAUUCAGAAAGGCUGCGAUUCAGAUUUCAUUGAAUCUCUUGAUGUCAAAAAAAUAGUGGAAGAAGAAAAAAAUUCUCAGCUGGCCCCUGGCAAAGUCUCUUUACAACUACGACCAGGUGGUGAGACAAGUUUAAUAGUGGAUGUUCAUCAACUGAAAAACUAUCCUGUGGAUCUCUAUCAUUUGGUUGAUACAUCAGCAUCAAUGGUGACUAAUUUGGAAAGACUACACUCCAUGGGAUAUUCUGUAUCACAAAGGAUGGCUAAACAUUCCAGUGAUUUCCAAUUUGGGUUUGGAUCAUUUGUUGAUAAGCCAGUAUCUCCUUUUAUUAACAUUCACCCAGAGAAGCUCAUUAAUCCGUGCAGUGUUUAUGAAACAUCCUGUCAUCCUGCCCAUGGGUUUAUGCAUGUGUUAUCAUUGACUGACAAUAUAACUGAAUUCAGGGAAGCAGUGGAGAAACAAACCAUUUCUGGAAAUGAGGACACACCUGAGGGAGGUUUGGAUGCUUUGCUCCAAGUUGCAGUUUGUGAGAGCCAAAUAGGAUGGCGUAAGGAAGCCAAGCGUUUGCUGCUGCUAAUAACUGAUCAGCUAUCUCAUUUGGCACUUGACAGCAGACUGGGUGGUAUUGUCCUGCCUAACGAUGGGAACUGCCACCUAAAGGACAAUAUGUACACUCAUUCAACAGUUAUGGAGCAUCCAUCUCUGGGUUUGCUCGUGGAUAAGCUGCUGGAGAAUAGCAUCCAUGUAAUUUUUGCAAUUCAGGGACCAAGCAUCAACUGGUACAAGGAUCUUCUUCCACUGAUGCCAGGUGCUGUUGCUAGGCAGCUAAAUUCAGAAUUGUCAAAUCUCUCUGAACUAGUGGAAGGUGCCUAUCAGGCACUGCUUUCUGAAGUAGAACUGCAGGUGGACAACCACAUCAAUGGAGUUUAUGUGAACAUUACUGCAAUUUGUCCCAAUGGGAGCACAAUUCCAGGCCAAAAUAAGUGCAGAAAUGUGAAAGCCAAUGAAACAGUCUCUUUUAAUGUGACAAUUGGAGUGACAGAGUGUUAUGAAGGUGACAAGUCCAUCAUUUUAAAACCUGUUGGAUACAAUGAAACAACUAUUAUUUCUCUAAGCAGCACUUGUACUUGUCAGUGCAAAGGACCUAAAGGUCAUGAGUCUGGAAGAUGCUUCAAUAAAGAGAUUGACCCAGAUUGUAGACUUUGCCAGUGUGAAGACAAUAUUACCAAUUCUUCGUGCAGGGCAUUGUCCCAAGAACAAUGCCUCAUUGAAAGUUGCCAACAAUACAAAGACCAACCUGUUUGCAGUAAUCGAGGGAUCUGCAACUGUGGGAAAUGUUUAUGCUACCAAACGAAACUAGGUAGAGUGUUUGGAAAAUAUUGUGAACUGGAUGACUUUUCUUGUCCUUAUCACCAAGGGCAGCUGUGUGCUGGCAAUGGUGAAUGUAAAGGAGGGGAAUGCCAGUGCUACUCGGGCUGGCAUGGUGAAAGCUGUAACUGUUCUUCAUCCCUGAUGUCCUGCAGGACAGACCAGGGUCAGAUCUGCAGUGGAAGAGGGAUGUGUCUCUGCGGCAGUUGUCGUUGCACUGAUUCCAGAGCCUCCGGCCCUUUGUGUGAGGUUUGCCCGACGUGUGAAAAUUCCUGUGAAAAUAGCCGGAAGUGUGUACAGUGUCAUGUAUUGAACUACUGGGCAGUGUAUCCUGCCAAUUGCAGCACCUCAUGUUCUCAAAUGAUGGUAGUGGACCAUAUUUCAGAAUCUGAGGAAGAAAAAUCACAACACUGUGUUUUUCAAGCAAAUGAUAAAUGGUUAUAUAAAUUUAAAAUGGUAGCAACUAACACUGAAAAAGAACUUCUUUACAUAUUGAAAAACCCAGAAUACUAUUCUCGACACAAGAUUCUUGCAACAUUUCUUAUCUUCUCUGUUGGUACAGUUAUCACAGGAUUAAUCAUUGUGAUGGUAGUCAGGCAGAUAAUGAUGCACUGGAAUUCAAAUGAACCUACUCACCCUGGAAACAAUUGCAAAGUAUCUACUCCACAAAAGGUAGAACUAAUAGGUUAUAGACUUACAAGUAGCCAGAAAGUUUAAAGUUGUUUAAAUUACUUCUAGUAAUUCAUCAUGAUGGAAAUAUGCUGAUAUAAACUACUGAGGGUGUCCUUUUUUUAAGAAAGGAAUUCUAUUACUGAUAGUUCAAAUACUGUAGCUUACAAGCAUAACAAAUCAGAGGAGCUUCACAUGUACAUUGACAAAGUGCAAGUAAUGCAGAACAUAGAAUUGCAAUAGAAACAUUGCAAAAAUAGUGCAGGAUCCCAAACUGUUUAAUAGCUUUCAAAUCAAAUGUUCAGAUCACAAGAAUGAAGAAGGCAAUGCUCAUUCCAUCUGAUUGGACCCAUUCAGAAAAGGCAGCACUGUCCACUACCUGCAAUAUUAUCCACUUACUGUAUGCAACUUGAUUUCUACCAAUAUUACCUGAUGGAAAUUCACACUAUGGAGUGAAAUUAUCCUUGGCUGCUAAUGCAAAAAAGGCAGCAGAAUUGGAAAAAGAGAUCUUAAAGUGUAAAAUGGGUUGCUGAUUCAUUAUCAAUCGCUUUGUGCAAUAGUCAAAAAUAAAUUUCAGCCCUAGGUUUUGAUUGCUCUUCAUUAACAAAACUUCCUAACAUCAAUCUAUCUUUGUAUUUCAAACCUGUACUCAUUUAUCUUCAGAUGACAGCUUAACUUUAAGUCGUGUUCUUCAUUUCCUUUUUUAUACUAUUUACAAAUGAUGCCCUGUCUCAGUAAUCUCCUACUAAGACUAAAUACCUUGACUUACUCCUGUCUUUGAUAAUUUGGUCCUGUGAAAUAGAAUUUUCCCUGAGAGACCUGCUUCCAUGUAGCUGAAUACUGGGUUUAACAUUCAGUUAUCAACUUAGCAUUUUAUCAAAACAUUUUAUUUGAUAACAUUCUUUAAUUAUCUUAACUAUGACUCUUGGAACCAGUCUCUGUGCAAUAUAAUACUUGUAAGCAAAUCACUGGAAAUAAUGGCAAUAUUAUGAUUUCUAUGAUCACUACUAGAGAACAAAGUACAGAUUUACUGUCUAUUCUGAUUAUCAAUAUCCAUACUUUGGAUUGCUAUUUGUUUUUAAAUAUUUUGAAAUUUUUCAGGUAUUUUAAAUAAAUACAGUUAAGUAAUACUGAUUAUCUAAAGAUUUCCACAGUGGGUCCUCUAUUCAUUAAGCAUGACUACUAAAAUAGCCAUGUAAACCUUCAUAACACUGGUGUACUUGCUCAUUAUACUUAAGUACUUCCUAGGCUCUUCCACGAAAGUUAGAGAAAACAGUUCAGAAAAUGUCAUGGAGUUUCAUGCCCCAAUAUAUUUAAAUCUCUUUUAUUUCUUUGUUUUUGGAAAAGUCUGCACUGUAACAGAAUUAGUUGAGUAUUUUCACUAUCAAUUAACAUGUGGCAAUAUCUUGAAAUGAGCAAUAUCAGCUGGUGAUGGAAUUAUCAACCAGAAAUAAUUGUUCUUGAAACUUAUUGACUAGAAAUCAUAAUGCAUGUUAUUAUCAUGUGAAAUUUGCCUAUUCAUUUAAAAAAUAACUUCUGUCAGCUGCUUUCUUCCAUGUUUUCAAAUCUAAUUUCAAAGUUUGUUUUCUUAGUUCCUUUAAAAUUACAACUAAGAAUCCCUCUCAACCCUUUGAACUGAACAUGAAGACAUCUCCUUUUCACUAUCUUUCUCUUGAUUCCUGUGCUAUUUUUAUAGGUAACCAAUCUAUCUAAAAUGUACAUCACUUUAAUCAAAAUAAGGGCUGAUCUUUAGCUAUCCACAGUAGGGAAAAAAAGCUGCAGUGGAUCAAGCAUCCUAUAUGCACCCUAUUUGAUUUUGCUUUUGGGUCAAGUACUACAUAAUUGCUCUUAAAUCUUCAGAUUCUGUUUUUAAGUCUUUAGCAUUCACUGGGAAGCAGAAUCUUCUACAAGUCUUGAGUCUAAUAAUAUAUUUAUUUAAUAACAUAAAAUAACUUUGAUUUGUACCUGUCCAUAUGUGCAAGUAUGUACACUUAAACAUAUGUUCAUGUUUAUUUGUGUAAUUUUUUGCUUGUAGAACUGUGAAUCACUUUUGAUGCACUGGAGGUAUUCUGUUUAUGUAAUAGGCAUAGAAUCAACAUUCAGCUUUAUAAUUUAUCAGAGAUUACUUAACUUUUACUGAGUCAAAAGCAAGGGCAGUUUUGAAGAAGCAACUGAUUAACUACUUAUAUCCAUUGUUAUGUGGAAAGGGUUCCAUGCUGGAAAUGAGUGGUCAGCUAGGACAACCCACUUAAUUUCCAGUAUUGUGCAUAUUGUUACAUAUUGUUUUUAUUGUUUUUACAUAUAACCCUGGAACAUGGUAGAAGAGCAUUUGAGCCAAAUUACACAUUCUACUGCAUUAUUUUAGCAAGGACAUUUUAAAUUAAGUUUAUUAUCUGAAUUAACAAUAUUCAUAGGAAUAUCAAAUGUAUUAUGUGCUUUAUUAUUAACAUAAAGAACAAUACUUGGGUUGAAUUCUCAUAUACUAUGUUUUGUGCUCUUAUUAUAUGUUAUAAUUAUUCUGAAGUUGGUUCAGGUGGCAUUAUAUCUCUGAGCAUUAACAUUAUAUUUCAUUCUUUAACCAAAAUGAGGAAAAAAUUAAAUCAAAAUUAUUUUGUUAUCUCUGUAGUUUGCAUGGUGUUUCAUGCUAUCAACACAUCCCCCAUUCUCAGGCUGACAAAAAUCCAGGCUUUUCAUUUUCUCAGUCAUGCCAUACACUUAGAAAUAUGGGUUAAUGAUACUACUGAUGUAAUUGAAAGGGUACAAGAAUAACUGAAACUUAUUCAACUUUUCCUUGAACAACAGCUUAUCCUACAAUAACACUUAACCAAUUAUUUCAUAAUAAUUCAUUUAAUUUACAAGAGUCCUUGGUUAACACUGUGCACUUUAGAAAACAGUAUAAUCAGCGAUUGAUGGAACUAGUACAAUUUCUCAUAUUACUGAAAUUAUAAAAUAGCUAUUGAAUGUCAAUCCCCAAUUCUAAAAUACUCUCAAACUUGCACUAACCAUUGAUUGAACUUUUCAUAUUUAUUAUGAAUUCUGAUCAGUAGAAUAAAUCAUUUAAUGUCUGACUUCUAAUAAUUUAUUUUUUGUAUAGGAGAUUUUUAGGUUUACACUUCAUGACUGUAAAAAGUUAUAUGCUUAAGAAUCUAUGACAAUAGUUAACAUAUGUUAAUGUUGUUUAAGUGUAUUAUUACCAAAAUGGUUUAUUCCUGCAGUCUGACAUAUUGAAGAUGCAAUUAUCUUCUAAAUUGCUGCUAAUUAGUCAUUGCAUGCUGCAAUUGGCUGCUUGCUUGAUUCCUGCAAAUCUCUGAUAGAGAAAGUAAAUGUCUAAAAUGGAUGAAAUAUGAUCAGUUAAUAAGGGUUCUUUGUUCAAACAUAAUCUAGACAAACAUCAAGGAAAACUGUCUUAAAUUAUCUCUGGGGGGGGGGGGAGAGGUAAUCCAAUUUUUCUUGCCAAGUUACGAAGCAAACGGGCUAUCCAAUUAUUUUAGAUAUUCACACUACAUUUUUAUCUUAACUAUAAUAAACAUUUCUAUUGUCAUUAAUGAAUGCAUUUGCCUAGAAUUUCAGUCCUAGAACAAUAUGUAUGACUGCAAUUGAAUUUCUAGUAAAAUAUAUUCAGUGAAGAAAAUCAAGGACUCACUACAAAGAUAAUCAACUUUGCAAUUUGCCUUCUGAAUGCUUUGUCUCUGAUAUGCUGUAGAUGCUAGAACAUGUGCAGUGGUUGCAGCACAUGCCUGCAUGCAAUGUCUGUGACUUUUAACUAUUCAUACAUGUCUCAGUGACAGAACAAGCUACUCAUUACAUGUGAGGCCUACUUUGGCAUUACUUAAAAGGGUCCUGCCAAAUAAGGUCCCAGAUUGAGUCCAACACUGGAUGCCUACCUCAGGUAAGUUCUCAAGUUAAAAGCUUACCAAGAAUAGAAAUUUUGGGGUAAAAUAAGUCAUCCUUAGACUGCUCUUCCUCAUUAGCCCUUACCCCUCUUAACCCCAAAGGUCAUGUCCCCUACCUUUUCCAAAAUGAGCACAAUACCAAAUACUCAGGCCUAAACAAAAUAUAUUUAUUUUGUUAUUGAAGUUUUGACACUAAUUUCACAGGAAUAUGACAGGUUCAUUUGUAGAUGGUGAUGAUACCAGGGCUGAGAAAAUUAGAAGUUUGAAACUUUCAUUUAAUAAACAUUGUAGGCUAAUACUCAACUGGAAUAUUGCUACAAAUUGCAGACUUUGAAUAAACCAAUCUGGUUGCUUAAACAACAAACUUAGCACUGAAUAUGGAAAUUUUUUUGUAGCAUUGUUUUUAAUCAUAUUUGUAGUAUUAUUUUUAUUUGAGUGGUAUUGUUAUACCUUAGUACUAAAUAGUUGAGACUAUUUUCAGAAUAAAAACAAUAAUUAUAUGUGACAUUGUUUAUCUUUCAAAAUAUGCUCCUGUAAUUUAUCCCAGCAAAGUUAUGGCUUUUGUAAAUGGAUGUCAUGUUUCCAAAAGUUCUGUUAAAUAAAACUUCAU